AAAAAAAAAAUACUGUAGACGUGAUUAUUCUAUACUUUAACUGAUUAAGGGCGCCAAAAUUUCUGCACCUUCAAUAAGCCAUAUCAUUUGCAUCGUGUUCAAGUCAAGUCUCAUCGGAUGAGCAAUUAAUGAAAGUUUUCAGAUCAAUUUGCUGCCAUGGCGAGGGCCACCAAUCGACAGAUCACUUCUCUGUCGUGGUUCUUGUUGGCAGCCAGCAUUUAUUCAUGGUCUGUCAUACAAGAUCAAAAGUCGGUUCCUGGGGUACCAGUGAUUCCUCCGUACGGAUGGAGACGCCACCUAAUGGCACCAUGGUACUCUUUGACUGUAUCCCUGGCGUCAUUGUCUUUGGCAUCCAUAAUGGAAGUUAUGAAAGAAGAGAGGAUAGAAAAGUUGGAGAACUUUGCGACCAUGUCGCUGAAAACAGUGGGUUUGACAUCAUUGACCGGUGAACUGCUGAAUUCCAUGUACCUGAGUGGGUUCCCCGAAAUGUACCCAGAGCUUUGGUCAGUUCUCGGUACUGCCCCAGUACUUCUCUACUCAUACGACUCGGAACGACACGAGGAUCGGUCCACGAGUAUCGCCAACUUGAUCAUUCUCGGCUGCAGUUUCAUACAG